AUGAAUUAUGAAAAGAAUGAUGAGGAAAUGAAAAGCAGAAUAAUGAAGCUGGAAAAAGAGCUAUACGAAAAAAAUGAAGAAUGUGAAAUAAAAACUCAAAAGCUAAUUCUCAAAGAAAAGGAAUUAGCCGAUAAAGAGAUACAGCUUAAAAAAAUAGCAUCAGUUAUCAUUAAUUAG